AUCGGCUCCGGUGCCGCGAGGUUGAGGUAUUGCCCCUUGUUCGAGCGUUCGGUAGUUUCUUUUCCCCUUCUUGUAUAUACUUAUUUGUCAAUCGAUAACCCUUAACCAAUUCUUCAAUUGCUCGUCAACAUGCGGGCCUUCCGGCUGUCGCAUCCCGCACGCAAAACGGCGGCUUUCCAGCACGUCCGGCAUUUUCAUCCAACCCGACCUGCGCCCUUAAUCAACGAAGCCCUGCAACUAUCCUCCACCUACCUCCACGCUGUCCACGAUAUCUCCCAUCUGCCAUGGGCCCUAUCCAUCCCAUUGAGUGCUCUGCUCGUCCGAACGUCCGUGGCUAUGCCCCUACAAAUCUACACCAAGGUCCAAGCCCUUCGCGAACGGGAUGCGAUCCCACUCACCCUCGCGUGGCAUCAUCAUAUUAAGAGUCGUAUCUUUUCCGACAGAGACAGGACACCACCUUCUCCGGCACAAAGACAGGCUGUCAUGCGGGAAUUCCUCGUCAAAAAGCGAAGCGUACACCGUGGUCUGAAAAUCCCUCGGUUCUGGAAACCAAUGAACUUCGUGCAAUUGCCCAUCUGGAUCUCCAUCAUGGAAAGCCUCCGCGCCAUGUCGGGCAAUACCGGUGGUCUAGUGCCCUGGCUUCUAUCGUUGAUUAGGCCCGAGUCCGCAGAUCCUGCGACCACCCUGGCGAUCGAGCCCUCGCUCGCCACGGAGGGUGCUCUCUGGUUCCCCGAUCUCUUGGCGGGAGAUCCGACGGGGAUGCUGCCCCUGGCGCUGUCACUGUCAAUCCUGCUCAAUGUUCAUCUGGGGUGGAAGACUAAGCCUCUAAAGAAUAUGGCCGAUUUGCCCAAGUUGGAGAUGUACAAACAAGUUACGUUUCGAGGAUUACGGAUCUUCGUUCAGGUGCUGGCCUUGAAUGUGGGACUGUCGUCCUUUGUGUCGGAGAUGCCCACGGCAUUGAUGAUCUAUUGGGUAACUAGUACGAACAUCGCCACAAUGCAGACCUUUAUCCUAGACCGGAUCCUGGUUCCAGCCAAGCCAUUGCCCGCAUGGCAGCAAAAAUAUAUGAUGUACAAAAUGCCCGGAAAGGAAACACUUCCGCCCACGAAGCAGUGAGGCGCGGAUCGGCCGGAUAAGUGGAGUAUGCGACAUCCAACAGUGGGCGAGUAUGGAUCCACGGAUGCCGGGGAGCAUAGCAUCCCGGCCCGUUGACGCGCGCCUUGGUCAGCUGCGAGAUUCCAGGCACGUCUCGAAUGGCGAUUACAGG